UGUGGUCACCACUAUGCCCAAAGCCAAGGGCAAGACCCGGAGGCAGAAGUUCGGUUAUAAUGUCAACCGGAAACGGCUGAAUCGGAAUGCUCGGCGAAAGGCAGCGCCGCGGAUCGAGUGCUCCCACAUCCGACAUGCCUGGGACCACGCCAAAUCGGUGCGGCAGAACCUGGCCGAGAUGGGGCUGGCCAUGGACCCCAAUAAGGCCGUGCCGCUCCGUAAGAGAAAGGUGCAUGCCAUGGAAGUGGAUGUUGAGAGGACCAAGGAGCUGGUGCGGAAGCCCUAUGUGUUGAACGACCUGGAGGUAGAAGCUAGCCUCCCAGAAAAGAAAGGAAAUACCCUGUCACGGGAUCUCAUUGACUACGUACGCUACAUGGUGGAGAGCCAUGGGGAGGACUAUAAGGCCAUGGCCCGAGAUGAGAAGAAUUACUAUCAAGAUACCCCAAAACAGAUUCGGAAUAAGAUCAACGUCUAUAAACGUUUUUACCCAGCUGAGUGGCAAGACUUCAUCGAUUCUCUGCAUAAGAAUAAAAUGGAGGUUGAGUGA